AAAGGUUUCGUCUCUUUAGCCCGUGUUUGUUUUUUAUCGUCCCACCUAGAAGGUACGUUCCAUCUCAGAAACAGUGCAUCGCAAUCAAGUCUUUGCUCUUUUCCUCAAGUAGAAUAGAUAUAGUUUAAUAUAUUCAAAAUGAAGCAAUUUCUAUGUCCAUUUUAUUUGGCGUGCAUAAUCGUUCAGAUUCAAACGAAAGAUGAUUUCAUGUCCAGUAAAACUCUUACGGUUGGGGAACCUCUUGAACUUCGAUGCAAUUUCUUCGUCCUAGGAAUAAAUGACACCAGCAUUCAGUGUGUUUACGAUGUACAUUUAAUGAAACUUGACGAAACUGCCAACAAGUAUCUCCGGAUUGCAAAAUUGCCAAUCAACAGCUCAGAAACGACUUAUCUCAAGCCUUGGUGGACUGUCACAUUUGGUGAUUUAAAUGACGCAAGAUGUGCUAAUUUCGAAACUGCAACUAUAACAGCGUCUACCACGGCUGUUCGAAUCGAAGAUAGCGGAAUAUACUUGUGCUUGCUGUUGGUUAAAAUUAUGCAACCAAGUGGGGCCAUAUAUGUAGGCCUUAACAUUACCGAAACUGUAACAGUAUUACCAUCAGUAAUGGCAGCCACGACAACCCAAAAAGUGAACGCGGGAACUGACAGGAUGCCUCCAACUACCACAAGCACAAACAUGUGCACCUUUCUCGUCAUGGCUAUUAUAGUCUACAUCUGGCGUCUGGUGAUGUUUUAGGUUUAACCUAAGAGAUCAGAAGUCAUAGCUUAGACCUGCAGAGAAUAAACAGGCAUUAAACAUUCUAUAUAUACAUUUAACCAAUGCAGUGUGCAAAAGUAAAAGUUAUGUAUUUCUUUACAAAACAAAGGCUAAGAAAGAGGUUUACAAUGGUCAAAAACAAAUUUAGAGUCUAAGAGCGAUGGAGAACAUAUGGGAUUAAAAAAAAUGAAAAUAAAUAACUGAUAUGAAAAAAAAAUAAUUUGAAUGGUUCAGAGAACGAAACCCUUUUAAAAUAAUAACAUUGGCAUGCUUUACUAUUACAACUCUAGUCAUUAUUGAUAUAAUAAGACUGAGAAAAUAAAAAUAACAUUUCUUGCAAAGCGAAAUCUAGUAAAAUGAUAUUAGGGCGACAUCUCCAAAAAGUGCAAAACUUCGGUUCUUAACCGAUGGAAUCAUCUAUUAGUCAUGUAAGAGAAAUUUAAAUAAACUUUAAGACAUCUAAGACAAGACUUACCUUAAUGUUUGUGAUCAAUUAAGCUAUAACAUAACCAUAUCUAUCUGUCACUGAGCAGUAUUUAACCAUUAUGCACUUGCCAUUUGCAUUGGGUUAUUUUUUAGUUGUCGAAUGAGAGAGAUAAAUUCUUCGGAAAUUUGCCGUUGAAAGUACGGUAUAUACUUUGUGUGCAAUAAAAUAAGAAAAUAAUUUAUAAGUAAGAAAUUUAGCAACUUAAAAACAAGUAAUUUACUUUUGAAUAUUUAAUUAAAUUAAUUUUAUUUUUUAGUCAUUCACGAAAUAUCGAAACAUUACAUGUUAAAAUUUAUGUUUAUAUCUGAUAUCUCUAAAUGAUACUCCAUGUAAAGUGAAUAGCACAAUCUGAAUAUAUAUUUUAUUUAUCGUAAAAUACGUUUUCAUUAAAAAAAAUCACACACUAAUAAGGCUAGUCUUCAAGCAUUACAAAUUCACGAAGAAGCAGGAUUUCCAUUGACUAUGCCUCCACCAGCUGCAUGAGUAAAUGAUGAUGACAUGUUCGAAGCUGGACUUGUCAGAAAACCAAAUUAAUUAGAUUUUUAUUUUUUGAUUAAAUAGAUGAGACGUCCAAAUAAAAAUAUGUAAAAUAUAAGAGCAUAACGAUAUUAAAUAUUCCAUAAGUCCUGAAUUCAA